AUGGUACUUGCUCAUCAGCAACAUGUAUGUGCGAUUCAGGCUAUUCGGGAGAUUAUUGUGAUCUGUCAUGUUCUGAAGACACUGACUGCGUUCAAGGAACUUGCUCUUCAGGGACAUGUACCUGCGAUGCAGGAUAUUCUGGCGAUCAUUGUGACCAAGCAUGUGCGGAAGAUGCAGACUGCGUUCAUGGAACUUGCUCUUCGGGAACAUGUACCUGUGAUUCAGGCUAUUAUGGAGAUCAUUGUGACCAAGCAUGUUCUGAAGACACUGACUGCGUUCAAGGAACUUGCUCUUCAGGGACAUGUACCUGCGAUGCAGGAUAUUCUGGCGAUCAUUGUGACCAAGCAUGCACGGACGACACUGAAUGCAUUCACGGCACUUGUUCAUCAGGGACAUGUACUUGCGAUACAGGCUACUCGGGAGAUCACUGUGAUCUGUCAUGUGCGGAAGAUGCAGACUGCGUUCAUGGAACUUGCUCUUCGGGAACAUGUACCUGUCAUACAGGCUAUUAUGGAGAUCAUUGUGACCAAGCUUGUACGGACGACACUCAAUGCGUUCAUGGUACUUGCUCAUCAGGAACAUGUACGUGCGAUUCAGGCUAUUCGGGAGAUCACUGUGAUCAAUCAUGUAUGGAAGAUACAGACUGCGUUCAUGGAACGUGCUCCUCAGGAACAUGCACUUGUGACACAGGCUAUUUCGGGGAUCACUGUAACCAAGCAUGUUCUGAAGACACUGACUGCGUUCAAGGAACUUGCUCUUCAGGGACAUGUACCUGCGAUGCAGGAUAUUCUGGCGAUCAUUGUGACCAAGCAUGCACGGACAACACUGAAUGCAUUCACGGCACUUGUUCAUCAGGGACAUGUACUUGCGAUACAGGCUACUCGGGAGAUCACUGUGAUCUGUCAUGUGCGGAAUAUGCAGACUGCGUUCAUGGAACUUGCUCUUCGGGAACAUGUACCUGUGAUACCGGCUAUUCUGGAGAUCAUUGUGACCAAGCUUGCACGGACGACACUCAGUGCGUUCAUGGUACUUGCUCAUCAGGAACAUGUACGUGCGAUUCAGGCUAUUCGGGAGAUCACUGUGAUCAAUACUGCGUUCAUGGAACGUGCUCCUCAGGAACCUGUACUUGUGACACAGGCUAUUUCGGGGAUCACUGUAACCAAGCAUGUUCUGAAGACACUGACUGCGUUCAAGGAACUUGCUCUUCAGGGACAUGUACCUGCGAUGCAGGAUAUUCUGGCGAUCAUUGUGACCAAGCAUGCACGGACGACACUGAAUGCAUUCACGGCACUUGUUCAUCAGGGACAUGUACUUGCGAUACAGGCUACUCGGGAGAUCGCUGUGAUCUGUCAUGUGCGGAAGAUGCAGACUGCGUUCAUGGAACUUGCUCUUCGGGAACAUGUACCUGUGAUACAGGUUAUUCUGGAGAUCAUUGUGACAAAGCUUGCACGGACGACACUCAGUGCGUACAUGGUACUUGCUCAUCAGGAAUAUGUACGUGCAAUUCAGGCUAUUCGGGAGAUCACUGUGAUCAAUGUUGACAGGUCGACAGGUCGUCAGGUUAAAAGGUUGACAGGUCGACAGGUUGACAGGUAG